AUGACUGGGCCGCGGGGGUGGGGUGGCAGGCUGGGCGGCGCCGGGGCCGAGGAGGCGAGCGGGGCCGACACCGCGACCCUCACCCGAGAGUCCCCGCUCGAUCCCUGGAGCGCGAGCUGGAACCUCGGCGGGCGGGCGGCACCCCGCGGGCGGCGGCGCCUUUCAGGGGUCGUCCCCAUGCGGCUGGCGGAGAAGGUGUCAGCCAGCUGCGGCGACUCGGCGGCCCUGCGGCCCAGGUGGGCCUGGGGGCGGGUGUGCGGGCGUCGGGGCGCGGGAAACCGCUCGGGCCUCCCGGAGCGGCCGGGCGUGGAGCGGCGGGGGACGGCCGGCUCCGUGCGUCUAGCCGAGGUGUGGGACCAGAGGGCGAUCGGGAGCUACCACGAGCUGUUCGCGGCCUCGUUGGGCAACCUGGAAUGGUUGCGGUUCUGUCUAAAUCGGACCGGGGGGGAAAUCCCGGCCGAUGACAAGGGUUUCACUGCCAUCCACUUUGCAGCCCAGAGCGGCGAGCUUGCAUGCCUGCAGGUCUUGGUAGAGGAGUACAAGUUUCCCGCGGACCUGCCCACCAACAGUGGCCAGACACCUCUACACCUUGCCAUCCACAGUGACAACAAGACCAUGGCCCUGCCCUGCAUUCACUAUCUGAUUAAGCAAGGGGCGGCCCUCAACACUCAGACAUGCAACGGCUCCACACCCCUGCACCUGGCAGCCAGCGAGGGCCUGCUGAGCUGUGUGAAGGUCCUGGUGCAGAAAGGUGCCAAUGUUCAUGCCCAAGAUGCCAUGGGCUGCAAGCCCAUCGACUACUGCAAAAUAUGGAACCACCGCAUCUGUGCCCGGUUCUUGAAGGAUGCCAUGUGGAAACAGGACAAGAAGGACUUUGCCCGUGAGAUGGGGAAACUGAAGAGGCUCAAGAACCAGCUGGCCCUCAUGGAGGAGGACUACCUGACUGAGUAUCAAAAAGAGCACCAAAUUCUGAGAGAAGCUGACUUCAAGAAGUGGCUCCAUCGCAAGCUGCUGCCCCAAGGCCAAUCCCUGGUCCGCAACACUCAGGGAGAGCCCCGUCCUCCACCCCAGGCCACUGUGCUCUCCAAGACCCCCAAGCACGGGGCACUGUGGCCUCCCAGGAGCUUCUACCCCUCCCGAGAGGCGCGCCUGCAACAGACACUGCAGCCCAGUCAGCCCUCGGUGAUGCCUAUACCCACCUGCAAGCCCAUGGUCAGGCGGCCCAAGGUGUGGAAUCUCAGCAACAACCCUGUCAGGUCCCCCACCGCCCAGAUCGGCUACUCGCAGGGCAUCCGCCUGGGCGUGCAUCCCGACCCCAGGCCGGAGCACGACUUCCGCUGCUUCCUUGAGGUGAGGUCCGACGGGCACGGCGGUGCGCUCCUGCGCACGGUGGCAGGCACCCAGGUGGCCCCUGUGCCCCGGCUGCCUUUAGAGGUGAUCAUCCGCGAGCUGUACCCGUCGGUGCAGCCGCGCAGGAUGAAGGUGCCCCAGGGCUUCUGUUUUGUCACCAUGAGAGAGGUGCCCCGGAAGCGGCGCCUGGGUGAUGGCACCUUCUGGACCGACGCUCUGAGCAUGAACCUGCGAGAGACAUUUGACGAAGGCUUCCUGGCAGCUGUGCGAGCCCAUCAAGGGCUCCCCACUCUGCCCUCCCCCAAACCACCCCCCCACUUAAACUUAUUUUGGUAG